AUGUCGGAGAACAACGCACCCGCGUCCAAGAAGCGCCCACGCAGUGACACCGGCUCAACCUCCGACGAGCCGUUGCCAGCUGCCAUCGGAGGUCGCCAGGGAGGAAGCAACACCACCGACCUACGGUCUAUGUCUAGGGACCCGUACGCCGGCCUCAUGCCCAAGAACAUCACCGAGCGCCCCUCUAACCACGACGAGCGCUUCAUGUACGACCGCUGGACUGGACCCACGGUGUACAUGGGACUCCGCGCCGCUGGCAAUCAUGAACCACGCGUCGUGCAGCCAGGCAACCCCAAUCUCCAGCCUGCUCAUUACCACCAACCGGGACAAGCUGGCGGUUCCUACAACACUUUCCCAGCAGAGCCGUCGGGAGCCCACGCACGUAGGCAGCCGUUGAUGCCAACCGCCCUAGACGAGUCCGGUGAAGAGUCCAGAGAGAACAGCGAUCCCUUCCGAGCACAGCCACCACGAGCCAUCCCGCAGCGGCGUCCACUCAUGCCAAUUGUUCCAGACCAGUCUCAACAGCAGUACGGAGGAAACAACUACACCUUCCCGCCGCCAGCACAAGCUCCGCAAGCAUUUGCCCAGCCAAUCUGCCCAGGCGGCCAUCCACUGGCUCUGACCCGCCAGAUCGUGGGGGCGAUGAACCAAGACAUCAAAGACGAGAUGCGAGAGGAGCUCAAGAAUGAACUGCGGGAGGAAAUCAAAGAGGAAAUCAAGAACGAACUCGCUGUGGAGGUGAUUCAGGCGAUCAAGGGGGAGAUCAAGAAGGAAAUCCAGGAUGGCAUCAAGAAGGGACUCGAGGCGCUGGCUAAAGGCGGAGAUCAUGGGGAUUUGUGA